GAGAGAAAAUUUACUGAAUUCAGUCUUGCUAGCGAGUUAGAUAGUGGUGGUCACAUGACAUUGUUAUCAGUGAUUUUAAUACGUGUUUUUGAGGAAUGAAAAUAAUAGUUGGAUUAUUUCUAAUACAGACUUUGAUUCUUACCGUGAAAUGAGAGGAGGUGUUUCUGACGAUAUGACUUCAACUUGCGUUCAAGGAGGAAUUAGACCAAUUGGACGAUAUCAACCAAACAUGCUUAUGGAACCAUCGUCUCCUCAAUCUGCCUGGCAGUUUCACCCAGCCAUGCCGAAACGAGAACCCGUCGAUCAUGAUGGCAGAAAUGACUCCGGCUUAGCAUCUGGAGGUGAAUUUAUUUCAUCUUCACCAGGAAGUGACAAUAGUGAACACUUCAGCGCUUCCUAUUCAUCUCCAACCAGUUGCCAUACAGUAAUUUCUACUAAUACUUAUUAUCCCACCAAUCUAAGAAGACCUUCACAGGCGCAGACGAGUAUUCCAACGCACAUGAUGUACACCGGCGAUCACAACCCCUUAACUCCCCCGAAUUCGGAACCUAUGAUUUCGCCCAAAAGCGUGUUAUCAAGAAACAACGAAGGUGAACAUCAAACUACUCUGACGCCUUGUGCGUCUCCUGAGGAUGCUUCUGUUGAUGCUACAGACAGCGUUAAUUGCGACGGUGCUUUAAAAAAAUUACAAGCGACUUUUGAAAAAAAUGCUUUUAGUGAAGGUUCUGGGGAUGACGAUACCAAAUCUGAUGGAGAGGCAGAAGAAUACGACGAACAAGGACUAAGAGUUCCAAAAGUUAACUCUCAUGGAAAAAUUAAAACUUUCAAGUGUAAGCAAUGUGAUUUUGUGGCCAUUACUAAACUAGUCUUCUGGGAACAUACCAAGUUACAUAUUAAAGCUGACAAACUCCUUAAAUGCCCCAAGUGUCCUUUUGUCACCGAAUAUAAGCACCAUUUAGAAUAUCACCUUAGAAAUCAUUAUGGUUCAAAACCAUUUAAAUGUAACCAGUGUAGUUACUCUUGUGUAAACAAAUCAAUGCUUAAUUCACAUUUAAAAUCUCACUCUAAUAUUUACCAAUACCGCUGUUCUGACUGCAGUUAUGCCACAAAAUAUUGUCAUUCGCUGAAAUUGCAUCUUAGAAAAUACUCGCACAAACCUGCUAUGGUACUAAACCCAGAUGGAACACCAAAUCCGUUGCCCAUAAUCGAUGUUUAUGGUACAAGGAGAGGACCAAAGAUGAAGUCAGAACAAAAAUCAUCUGAGGAAAUGUCUCCGAAACCCGAACAAGUUCUACCAUUCCCAUUUAACCAGUUUCUACCCCAAAUGCAGUUACCAUUCCCAGGAUUUCCAUUAUUUGGAGGUUUUCCAGGUGGCAUUCCAAAUCCUUUGUUAUUGCAAAACUUGGAAAAACUAGCCCGAGAAAGGCGUGAAUCCAUGAACUCUUCAGAACGUUUUUCUCCCGCACAAUCAGAACAAAUGGAUACCGAUGCAGGCGUUCUUGAUCUCAGUAAACCAGAUGACUCUUCCCAGACAAACCGACGAAAAGAUUCAGCUUACAAACUUUCAACUGGUGAUAAUUCUUCAGAUGAAGAAGACGAUGAGGCAACUACAACAAUGUUCGGUAAUGUUGAAGUUGUUGAAAAUAAAGAACUAGAAGAUACUUCAUCGGGGAAACAGACACCAACUAGUGCUAAAAAGGAUGACUACUCGUGCCAAUACUGUCAGAUAAAUUUCGGGGACCCCGUUUUGUAUACUAUGCAUAUGGGUUACCACGGAUACAAGAAUCCAUUUAUUUGCAACAUGUGCGGUGAGGAAUGUAAUGAUAAAGUGUCUUUCUUCUUGCACAUUGCACGAAAUCCUCAUUCUUAAAAAUAUCAAUAAGACUGAAUUCAAGGUUAGCAUUUUUAUAUAUUAUAUUCACACUGAAACUUUUUUAAUAUUCAAUAUUUGGUUGCGUAACAUUUACGCAUAUCUAUACUUUAUUUCACGUUAAAAACGGAACGUUUGGCUGUUGCAGAUCAGUGUUGCCAAAACUCUCAGGCACGUGUUGCUAUUAAACUGCCGAUAUACAAUAAUUCAUUCAAACGGCAUCGGCGCGCUUCUAUUUUCCAUAAGAAAUACUUAGCCCUAUCUACGCAAUGUUCCGUUCUUAACGUCUAUAGCGUUUUAUUUAUGCUUUUUAAAAAUUUACUUAUAUAGUGCUAUGUGAUCACCAGAAUAUUUUUACCUAAUCAAAAUAUGGAUUAUAGACCAGGGCGGAUCUGUGAAAAAGCGUCUAUUUUUGGAUGUGCGAGGUGGCAUUCGGAUUUUUGCAGAUAAAGUUAGGUGACAACUUCAACAAUAAUAAUUGACUUAUGCUCCUUCUCAAAGAUGCCCGAAACAUUAAUAAAAAAAUUAAAAUAUUUAAAAAUUUCGAAAAACAUCGAUUUUUUCCUAACUUCUUUGCUUAUAACUUUAAAACGAUUCAUUUUGGAACAAAUUCGUAGGGAAAUAAAAUAAAGAAUUAAAUUUUGAAUGAUAAAUGACUUGUUAAAAAUGCCUUAAACUAUUACCCUUUCUGCAAAAUAGCAAUAAAUACAAAAUAAGGGGGCAAAAUAAGCCUAUUUUUAUUCAAUGUUUUUCAACCACUUUGGUUGCACUUAGAACUUUCGUAAUUCGCUUAGAAAAUGCUUACAACAUACUUAAAUCGUUCACCAACAUAUUUUAUUAAAAUCGACAUGAUAGAUUUUGUAGAAUAAUUUUGCAAUCUAAAUUUUUUUAAAAAAGUUCAAAUUUUUUAAAAACUUUCUGAAUAAAAAGUAGACCAUUUAGACGUUUUCUAAUUUUUUUACAUAUAAACAGGCUCUCUACCUAUCUAAUACACUUUACAGAAUUAAAAUCAGAUUAUUUAAGCAGCCUCAGCACUGUUUUAAAGUUAUAAACAAUUUUUUGGCUUAUAAACAAAUACAGUGAGGACGUUUGAGUUGGCAUAAAUUCAUUUUCUCGAGAAUAGGCGUCUCUGGAGAUAAAUCCCGAAACAGGUCGAUUUUUAUUUUUAAAUUCUAAUUUUUUAGUAUAUAUAUCAUACUAGUGACGUCAUCCAUCUGGGCGUGAUGACGUAAUCGAUGAUUUUUUUAAAUGAGAAUAGGUGCCGUAUCAUAGCUCAAUCGGAAGGCUACUCAAUUUUGUAUUCACUAAUAUAAACAUUACCAUUAUCAUAAAUGAUUACAGGGUUUGAAUUAAAAAAAAAUAAUUAAAUUAAUUCCAAUACUUAGAUUACGUCAGCACACCCAGAUGAAUGACGCCACUAGUAUGAUAUUUAUGCCAAAAAAUUAUAAUUUAAAAAUAAAAAUCGAUCUGUUUCGGGAUUUAUCUCCAGAGUCGCCCAUUCUCAAGAAAAUGAAUUUAUUUCAACUCAAACGUCCUCACUGUAUUUGUUUAUAAGCCAAAACAUUAUCUAUAACUUUAAAACAGUGUUGAGGCCGCUUAAAUAAUCCGAUUUUAAUUCUGGAAAGGGUAUUAGAUAGGUAGAGAACCUCUUUAUAUGCAAAAAAAUAGCAAACUUCUAAAUGAUCUACUUUGUGUUCAGAAAGAUUUUAAAAAAUUUGAACUUUUUUAAAAAAAUUUAGAUUGCAAAAUUAUUAUGCAAAAUCUAUUAAGUCGAUUUUAAUGAAAUUUGGUGGACGAUUAAGUACGUUGUAAGGAUUUUCUAAGCAAAUUACGAAGGUUCUAAGUGCAACAAAAGUGGUUUAAAAACAUUGAAUAAAAACGGUCUUUUUUGCCCCCUUAUUUUCCAUUUAUUGCUAUUUUGAAGAAAGGGUAAUAAUUUAAGACAUUUUAAACCAGUUUUAUACUACACAAAAUUCAAUUAUCUUUAUUUUCGACUUUGUUCCAAAAUGAACCGUUUUAAAGUUAUAAGCAAUGAAAGUAGAAAAAAAUCGAUAUUUUUUGAAAUUUUUAAAUAUUUCAAUUUUUUUAUUAAUGUUCCGGGCAUAUUUGAAAAGGAGCAUAAGCCAAUUAUAAUUAUUGAAGUUCUUACCUAACUUUAUGUGCAAAAAUCUGAAUGUUACCUCUCACAUCCACCUCAAAACAGAUCCGCCCUGGUAUAUUUGCUAGUUUCGUCUGCUGAAUGAGAAUUGGAAGCUAUGUUAAAUACACAUUAAUUUCUUUUGUGGGCAUUUCAUUCUCCGUAUCUCACGAGUUCAUCCAUUUUCAUCAUUUAACUGUUGUAAUAUUAUUCCUGCUAUGAACAAUGUUAUUUUCAUAUGUUUCAUAUGCAGCUGAUCUCUCCUGUAUGAUUUUUAUAAAUCAUUUUAUCAAGGAUUUUCUUUAAUCAUUUCACUUUGAACGAAAGUUAAGACCCUAGACUGCGUAUCUUUUAAAUUCUUGUAACUGGGUUACUGUUUCACACCUGUCGGAAACUACAAACAAUACCUCGAAUAUUUUUAUUAAAUAAUUUCUGAACUAUCAAAAAAACAAGACUCUUAUUUUAAUGUACUAUUUUAUUUGGGAAUAAGCCACAAUUUUACUUUAAAAUAUGUUUAUUUAACGUUUCGAUUUCCACUUCGGAAAUCGUUUUCAAAAUAAACUUAGUUUAGAAAGGUAAAGGUUUCAAUCCUAAUAUCAACAUUAAUAAUAUUGAAAAAUAUUAAAAAUAUUACUAAAAGAUUUUUAAAUUGAAAACUUAUUGGUCCAUUUGCCUGGUGACACCUCCAAGGCUUCUACAAUAUGCAAGCCAGAUGGAUGCUGCAGUGAAGACGAAAGGGAAGGAAUUGUACACUCUGCAAUUCACAACCCCUGUCUGCAGCUUGGUAAAGUUCCAACGGAAAAUGGACCUAGUUACUCUAUAGAAGUAAUACUAAUAAAAAUAAAAAUGUAUGCCAUUUUUAUUCAGUUGCAAUGUGAAGGCAAAACAAUCUUAUUUUUCACUUAGAAUACGUAUUCGAGGUCCAGCACUCUGAACCGACGAUUUUCGACUCUUAUUGGAGUCAUCUUCGGAGAGGCGUAGGCCUGCUACUCCAUACUCGAAGUGACCAACCAUGAAAGCUUAUCCCCACAUUGCAACUGACGUGUAUGGAUUAGGUGACUAGCGUCAUCUGGCAAUUGAAAGGUAAAGUUUGGUAUACAUUUGGUAAAAAUGGUAUACAUUUUUAUUUUUAUUAGUAUUACUCCUAUAGAGUAACUAGGUACAUUUUCCGUUGGAACUUUACCAAGCUGCAGACGGGGGUUGUGAAUUGCAUAGUGUAGAAUUCCUUCCCUUUUGUCUUCAUUGCAGCAUCCAUCUGGCUUGCAUAUUGUAGAAGCCUUGGAAGUGUCACCAGGAAAAUGGACCAAUAAGUUUUCAAUUUAAAAAUCUUUUAGUAAUAUUUUUAAUAUUUUUCAAUAUUAUUAAUGUUGCUGUUAGGAUUGAAAACUUUACCUUUCAAUUGCCAGAUGACGCUAGUCACCUUAUCCAUACACUUCAGUUGCAAUGUGGGGAUAAGCUUUCAUGGUUGGUCACUUCGAGUAUGGAGCAGCAGGCCUACGCCUCUCUAAAGAUGUUUCCAAUAAGAGUCGAAAAUCGUCGGUUCAGAGUGCUGGACUGCGCUUCGUAUUCUAAGUGAAAAAUAAGAUUGUUUUGCGUUCACAUUGCAACUGAAUAAAAAUGGUAUACAUUUUUAUUUUUUUUUAACUUAGUUUAGUUUCGUAUACUAAAUUUUUAGAUGGAGUAUAUAAGCUGGCUUAUAUAAUUCAUUAUUCCAUUUGUAUGUUUCGUCUACAACAAUUAUAUCACAUAUGGAAGACUUCAAUAAAAAAAUCACUGCUUUUAUUACGUGUUUCGUUCUCCUAAUACUUCUAAAUAAUGCUGGAUCAUUUAGUUUUUGUCUUUCAAUGAGUGUUUUGUUGUUUUCUAAAUGUAGAGUGUAUUUUUAUCCUGUGACAUAUAGUAACUGAGAGAGUAUUUUCUAUACCUAAUUGUUAUAUUUUGGCCGAACCAAAGAUAGUGUCAUCAUAAUAUAAAGGUAAAAUCAGGUAGAAAAGAAUCAUACAAUUAUUGUCGUUUUUUUAUCAUGUACUUAUGUGCAUAUGGCAACUUUUGUUGAGCGGUUCCAUACAUAGGAAUAUUUAAGAUAGACAAAAAGUGCCUGUUUUAUAUUAAAUUUUAGGCAUUAUUCAUGUAGGCUAUAUCUAUUCAAUUUUUUUUUUCGUUGAUCUCUUUGCUGUUAAGAUUACUUUUUCAUUAUUCCUGUUCAAGUGCCAUAUUAUAUGCGGUAGUUAUUAAUGAUUGAACAUAAGGUGAUUUAUGUAUUUGAAAUCAAUGGCGGAUCGAGGACCGAUUUUCGGGGGGACCAUGAACUUUUUUGGGGAGGGGGACUGUGGGAAAAUUUUUAAAAAUUAGGAUUAAAAUGAUGAGUUUUAAGGCACUUUUGACACACUUGAAGACUGUCAAUGCGUAUUGUUAUUAAAGUAUUUUUAUUUGUCUAGCAACGAAAAAUCGAACAAAUUUUUUAAAUUCUCGGGGGCCCAUGGCACCCCUCUCUCGAUCCGCCCUUGUUUGAAAUAAUUAUUUCUCAUUAGUUGUGUAUUGGAAAGAAUUAUGUAAACUGUAUGUAAAAUAAUAUCUAUAUGUACUUUAAAAGAACGUUUGAAUGAGUAAUGUAGAGAUAGACGAAAAAGAUCAUUUUUAGUGCGAAUAUGAAAAGUUCUAAUGUGUUACCCCUCGUAAUAAUACUUUGUUAAAGAAUGCCAACCUUGAAAAACUAACCUUUUGAAUAUAUUGAUUAGCAUCUAGUCAACAGAUUUUUGUGUUUUACUUUUGUGCAAUUGUGCAAUUUAUUUCUAGUUUCAAUUUUCGGAAAUAUACGGGUAAAAGACUUGUAACAAUGUAGUGCCAUCUUGUAAAUUAUUUCUAUAUAUUAUUUGUAAAUUUUUACACAGCUAAAAUUCCAAAUAUUAUUUGUGAGCUAUUUUAAGUUGAGUGUAAAUUUUUUGUAUAUUUUAUGAUUUUAAUUUUGUCGAAUAUAGUUACCAAGCGAUAGCGCGAAAUAUAUUAUGUAUUUUGUAUAAACUUCGGGGCCAUAAUGAUUUAAGACUGAUAUGUAAAUAGUUUGUCUUUUUUAUUCUUAGUAUUAGCUAGAGCAACUGAUCAAAAGUAUGUAUUAUAUAAUGUGGGUAUUAUAGAUUACAGUUUGAAACAAAUAAAUUAUGUUUUUGAGAGAA